AGUGCACUCAGAUUCAGUCUUUGGGUGCGGCCAGAGUGCACUCAGAUUCAGAUUCAGAUUUCGAAAACAAGCGCGAGAAAUAAACAGUGUAGUCGAAGGGUACGGGUGCGGCCAGAGUGCACUCAGAUUCAGAUUCUGAAAACAAGCGCGAGAAAUAAACAGUGUAGUCUAAGCAGGUUGCCUGCUUUUUCUCGCGCUUUGUUUUCUGAGUCCGAAUCUGAAUCUGAAUCAGGAGUGCAAUCUGGCCGUACCCUUCGACUACACUGUUUAUUUCUCGCGCUUGUUUUCGAAAUCUGAAUCUGAAUCUGAGUGCACUCUGGCCGCACCCUACGGCCAGAUUGCACUGUUUAUUUCUCGCGCUUGUUUUCAGAAUCUGAAUCUGAAUCUGAGUGCACUCUGGCCGCACCCUUUGGUCUGAACCUGACUGCUGAUGAAAAGGAUAGACUCAUGACAAGUUUACAAACAGCAAACACGAAUAGCCAAGUACACUUCAUAAUAAAAACUACAACAAAUGGGAAUCAGUUUCGGUCUUUGGUCAUUCGUUGUUUACUUUUACAUAAAACUAAGCCGGCUACAAUAAAAAUAAGAUCUUAGCUGUAUUUUUCUCUAAUAAUUAAUUAAUCUAAAGAUUUGAAUGUCUUGUGGCCAUCAUAGUUUUAAAUAAUAUAAUUUUGGUGAAAUAAUGAAAGAACUGUGAGUACCAUCCUAGUGAAAAGAUGAAUAAAAGAAGUAGCAAAAGUUUCGAUGCAUUCUCUGACUCAGACCACCUCAUAGAUCAAUUAAUUAAUGAAUACGAUGAGACGUCUAUGCCUUUACCAGAUAUCGAAUUUGAACCUCAUCUUCUUAUAUCGAAAGUUCGUAAACACUAUAUGGAAUAUAUAAUUAGACUUCUCUCUAUAAAUUAUGAAAACAAUCAGAAACUUCUUAAUAAAAAUAUCUAUUUGCCAAGUGCUAUAUGGAGAUGUGCUAAACUUAUGGAAAUGAAGGCUGCUCAAACUUGUAUGGUUGUACAACUAUACAGGAAAAAUAUUGUGGCUGAGAUAACAGCACUGAAGGAAGAUACCAAAAAAGGAAAAUUAAAUAGAAAGCUGUAUGAAUGCCUACGGAAACCACCUGAAAAUGAAAAAAAGUUGCAAAGUACACUGUCCUAUACUAUAGAUUGCAAUUGUCAGUGUGUGUGUAGUAAACGGAAAAAAAUCCGUAAAACAUCAACAUCACCUAAAGUUAUACAGAAAGAAGAAACAAAAUCAUACUUUAUAUCUAACAUGAAAACUAAUGUUCCAACAUAUAAUAUACCAGUUAUUGCUAAUUUACAAGCUGAUAGCCCACAGGUUACAGAUAAUUUUGGUAAAACUUCUGUAGAUUCAUCGUUCUUAACUACAGUUAAUCAGACAAAAUCGCCCAAUAUGUCUCACAAUCCACCUAGGAUGUCUAUAGAAUCUCAAGACUCUGAUGAAUUGAUGAUGCAGUUAGAAAAGCUAUUUCAGUGUGAUUCACAUGAAGAUGAUUUAUUUGAGGGUUCUUUAUGUGAUAAUAUUGAAACAACUUUACAAGAUAAUAUCACCAAUAUUAAAAAAUCUAAUGAAACUGAACCAAAUACACCACAAGUAACAGUCAUUGAAAACCAUACAGCCCAAAUCAAAUCACUAGAUGAAAGAUUGGCAUCAUUAACUGGUUUGCUAGUGAACAAUACUGACAAUGUGUUCCAAGAAAAAGCAGAAAUUCCCAAGAAUAAUAAAAGCAAUACUAGCAAAUGGCUAUGUGAAGAAUACUUCCUUAAGUCUAAACUGUUUGAAGUGUUGGAUCAAAUCGGUGACUGCAAUAGGAAGAAGCUUGCAAGGAUCAAAGAAAUGCUUAAAGAAUUAUUUGGUGACGAUAGUGAUGAAGAGUGCAUAGUGUCACCUUUAGAAGAGACCUCCGAGUUUGUUAUAAGUUGCAAAGAACGCAUUGCUCCAUGGGUGGUUAAACUAUUAACUCCUUAUUAUAUAAAAGGACGGAUAAGAGGAAAAAGUCUUUUUAAAGCAUUGGCUAAGCAUUUAAUAAGACUCAUUUAUCAGUGCAGUAGAUAUCCACAAGAGUAUGAGGUGACCAGUUUUGUAUCGGAUUUCUUACAAAAUCAUAAAAUGAUACGGUGUGAAGCAGACUUCAAGCAAUUCAGAAUAGAGAACUUGUAAGUGUUGUGCUUAAUGUGGAAACAUUAUUUACCUUCUAAUACUUGGUUGUUGUUGUUUUGUUAAACCAAAAUCAUACUCUUCAGUGCUCAAAAGAAGACUAGGGAAUGUGAGGGUAUAUAUUUAAAUAUAUAAUAAAAAUAAACAAUAUCAAGCCACUGUUUGAAUUUUUAAUUAUUGUUCCUUUUAUUAUGGAGGUACAUGUUUAUAAAUUUUAAUGAGCUUUGUUUCACCUAUUAAAUAUAGGCCUAGGUCUCAAGUACACUGGGAAGAGUGUAUUGUCAUAGAUAAAAGAUCCUAGAAAUGUAUGUAUAACAGCAGACUUAAAAAUCAGAAAAAAAAUGUUUAGGUCAAUCAAUAUUUAAAAUUUAUUUUUCUUAGAUGGUACAGUAGAACAGUUUUCAUUUUGUCUUUUAGCAGUUUUAGUAAACCAUGUAGUGAGAGUUUUUUGUUUUUCUUUAUUUGUUUUUUGUUCUGGUAUUUUUUUAUUACAAUCGCUUGCUUUAUAUUUAGAGUUAUUAACAAGUUUCGACACUCUAUGCCAACUUAAUGUGUUGGUUGGUUUCAAAAGAGAAAUAGCUGCAUUUGGUGGCACAUUAUCAACAUCCAACCAGGCCUGAAAAAAAAGGAAUGUCUUUUUUAAACUCCAAGAUAUUCUUGGGAUAAUUCUUGAAUAUUUUAUUUAGUAGCUUAUAGCAGACCCGUCAGAAG